AUGGGGACAGCCACAUCCACAGCAGAUAUAUUGCCUGAUUGCCUUGUUCGAAAAAUUCUCUCUUACCUUAGUUUUAAAGAAGCAGCCAGGAUGAGCAUUCUCUCUAAAACAUGGUUGCGGGUCUGGUUCGCUCGUCCCAACUUGGAAUUCAUUUGUUAUCGCGAAAUCCAUUUGGAAAUAGUGGAUAAAACCAUGGAGAGAUAUAGGAACGAAAAAAUUCCAAUUGAAAAGUUGAAAUUUGUAAGUCGAUGGUAUCGUUAUCGUGAAAUUAUCCCUCUGAUUGAUAAGUCGCUUGACAUUGCACUUCAGAAUGGCGUAAAAGAUCUGGUCCUUGAUCUUCCCAACAUUAAAUUAUACCCCUUGCCUAUUUUCAAAAUCUUAGCAACAAAAUCUUUAAGAGAAUUGGUUCUGGAGGGUUGUAAUUUAAAGCAUGGUUCGAUUUCAAGUGGUGUCGUGAACUGCGAUUCUUUGAGAAAGCUUUCUCUAUCUUAUAUAUGUUUAGACGAAAACAUGCUUCAGGCUCUACUUAACAGUUGUCCCUUCAUUAUCAGUUUCAUCCUUGAGUAUUGUUAUGGGUUGGAAAGGAUUGAGUUGUUGAAUCUUCAAAACAUCAAGUCAAUUUCGAUUAGGACACGUAGAGAUAAAAAUCAGCUUGUCAAAAUCCAAGCACCAAUUCUUGAACACUUGUCUUAUUGUGGUUAUUCAUUGGAAAAAUUGGAUGUUGUUGAAUGUCAAAAUCUAAAAUCUUUAGAUAUAUCAGAUGCGAUGAUAUGUAAUGGAUUUCUCCAGAACCUUAUUUCUAGAUCUCCAAAUUUGGUAUCACUAGAGUAUAAAGGAGAUCAAGCUCCUGAGCUCACAAUUACAAAAAAGUCAAGCCAACUGAAGCACUCAAAAAUCAUUCUUGACUUCUACAAAAAAUUAAAUGCUGCAUGGUUUUGUAAGUUAAGGAAGUUUCUAUUAAAUUUUACCUCUUGGUCUCAAGUUGCCCUUGAUUUUUACGGAUGCAAUGAGUUCAACAUGAAAGAUUUGCAACUGCACCACGGAGUUGCUACCCCCACAGUGGACGUUUUAAAUGUAAAAUUUUCAUGGCUGAAUUGGAAGUGCCCAAUGUUUGUGGAUGCUUUGCUAUGGAGUUGUCAUCCUAGAAGACUCAACCUACAUUCAGCAGGUGCAAGCUUAACAUGUUUCAUUAAUGAUCGAUUGAUGUAUCUGAGGAAUUUGAGUCACUCUCCGUCUCACGAAAGCGAGUCUUGGCAUUGUCAAUUGAAAGAAGUAAAAGUUUUUGAUGGGAAAAAUGAGCCGCUGCAACUCAGAAGUGGGGAGCUGGCAAUAAGGACUCUUACGGAUUGGGACGAAGUUUAUUUUUUAUUAGAUUGGCAAUGUAGUUAA